CGCAUCACUUCGCAUUUAGGAGAAGAAAGAUUACCCCUUUCUGAGCAGUGUAGUGUCGAGCACGGCUGCGCCUUCCUCCAAGUUCCCCGUGCCUUCCCCAGGACCUCUCCGAAUCGCGCUAGCUUAAUCGAUAGCUGGCAUAAAAUUGUCGUCUGUGCACGCAAGCUCCACGGCUCGCUGCUGGCCGAGUCAUCCAUCGUUCUCUCACAUCCUCUACCCUUGAGACUAUCAAUCCCGACCGGCGACUUUCGUUAACACCAAUUGCCACCUGUAGACCUGUGCCAACGCCUUCACCAUGGCGACGGUAACCGAACAGGUCGGAGAGGUCCUCCUAGGUACCACUGAUGCGCCUCAAUUGUCUGCCAUCAUGCGCCACACCUUCUUCAAACACGCCAAAAAGGACGAGAAGGAUGAAUACGUCUUGGAAGAGAAGGAUUUCAUCGACGCAGUCGCACCCGAGAGCGAGGAUUACCACAAGAUCAAGCGAUACCAGUACGGUAUUUUGUUCUACGUCGCAGACCGCGACCAGAAGGGCAAGGUGACCCUCCAGGACUGGGCCGUGUUCCAGAACCUGCUUGCCAAACCAGACGCGGAAUACGAAGUCAUCUUCCGCUUCUUCGACCGCGAUCGCUCCGGCUACAUUGACUUUGACGAGUUCUAUGAGACAUGGAAGGCACACAAGGGCGAGGAUAGCCUGCCGUUCAACUGGAGCGGGGACUGGGCGACGCUGUACAUCGGAUCCAAGAACAAGCGGCACAUCAUGACGUACCCGCAGUUCGCGCAAAUGCUUCGCGGAUUGCAGGGAGAGCGUGUUCGACAGGCAUUCGUGCAUUUCGACCGCAACAAAGAUGGAUUCAUUGAGCCUGAGGAGUUUCAGCGCAUCAUACGUGAGACGGCAGCUCACAAGCUGUCUGAUUACCUCCUCGACAACCUUCCCACACUAUGCAACAUCGCGACCGGCAGCAAGAUCUCGUAUGCCAACGUGCGCGCCUUCCAGAACAUUAUCCAGCAGAUGGACAUGGUGGAGCUGAUCAUCCGAAAUGCAACGAUCAAGAGCGCCGACGGCAAGAUUACCCGUACAGACUUCCUCAAUGAAGCCUCCAGAAUCAGUCGCUUCAACCUAUACACGCCAAUGGAGGCCGACAUUCUCUUUCACUUUGCUGGUCUGGACGAGCCGUCGGGGCGACUGGGCCUACGGGACUUCGCUCGUGUACUGGACCCUUCAUGGCACACCGCAUACACUCUCGGCGCCGACGCUAUCUCAGAUGCCGGCCAGAAAGCUUUCGCUGGCUCAAAGUCCUUCCUGCACGAUGUCUUGGAGUCGGUGCAUCACUUUGCGCUCGGUUCGCUUGCAGGAGCGUUCGGUGCAUUCAUGGUGUACCCGAUCGAUCUCGUCAAGACGCGUAUGCAGAACCAGAGAAGCUCGGGGGUUGGCCAGGUUCUCUACAAGAACUCUCUGGACUGUGCGAAGAAGGUUAUCAGAAACGAGGGUUUCAAGGGUUUGUACUCUGGUGUUCUGCCCCAGUUGGUGGGUGUUGCGCCUGAGAAGGCCAUCAAGCUGACGGUGAACGACUUGGUGCGCGGAAAAUUCACAGAAAAGUCCACAGGCAACAUCUGGUGGGGUUGGGAACUUAUAGCAGGUGGCUCAGCUGGUGCCUGCCAAGUGGUCUUCACCAACCCUCUUGAAAUCGUCAAGAUUAGAUUGCAAGUGCAGGGCGAGCUCGCAAAGUCUGCAGAUGUACCGAGGCGAUCAGCCAUGUGGAUUGUGCGCAACCUGGGUCUUGUUGGCUUGUACAAGGGUGCCAGCGCGUGCUUGCUUCGCGAUGUGCCUUUCUCGGCAAUCUACUUCCCCGCGUACAGCCAUCUGAAGAGGGACUUUUUCGGCGAAAGCCCGCAAAAGUCGCUCGGUGUGCUACAAAUGCUCACGGCAGGUGCCAUUGCUGGUAUGCCUGCAGCAUACCUGACGACGCCGUGCGACGUGAUCAAGACCAGACUGCAGGUCGAGGCGCGAAAGGGCGAGGCUACAUAUACCGGCCUUCGGCACGCGGCGUCGACGAUCUACCAGCAGGAAGGCUUCAAGGCCUUUUUCAAGGGUGGACCGGCCCGUAUUAUGCGAUCAUCUCCGCAGUUCGGCUUCACCCUUGCCGGCUACGAGCUUCUGCAGCGAACGUUCCCCUUGCCGGGCUCACAGACGAGCGAAGGCCCCAGCGGCCAUGUCGAGCCUGGUGUGGGGCUUGCAGAAGCGAAGGCGCCGUUGCCGUAUCUGCGCAGUCGCAACGCGCUCAAGGUGAUUCUCGACCUGGACGAGAACUUUGGACGGCCUCGGCUGCCCCAGGGCUCAAAGUUUACAGGCAUACCCGGAUUCGGCGGGAAGACGCAAGAGUCGUGAUUGCCUGCACGAGCGGUGAGGGGUGCAGCAGAGGGGUAAAAUGGCAUUGGACGAAUUUCUCGCAUGAGGGUUGCAUCUGGCGUGGUUGUGCGUUAUGCAUGAGCCAAUUGUUUUGUCGUUGUCAUUCAGCGCAUCAGCCGCAACUAGGUGGGGGUCGGGGCUGCGCCCAGCGUUACAUGCAUACACAUAGAGGUCGGUGGUCAUCCUGGCGAGGCGCAGGGUGCAGACCUGUACGAUAGGGACAGAGUUCGCCAACGGUCUUGUCCAGUCCAACGGUCGCAGAGGGUAAUACGCGCAUUGCAUCCAUGUCUCAUACGUCCAGAGAAGCUCGAUCCGGAGGCAGGUGUGAAAACAGGUAGACGGGGCGGCUUAAUAUAUUCGACCUAUUCUUACU